AUAAACUUAAUCAAACUUGAAACAAUUUAACUUUUACCAAAGUUAAAACGUUUUAUAACCUGAGACGGAGAGAGUAGUAUACUAAUUUGAUGCCUUGGCGCAUUGAUACUUUUGGUUUGGUGUUUUCUAGACAUUGACGAGUGCGCGCACCUAGAAACACAUUCAUGUUAUGGUGGAGUAUGCAUAAAUAUGCCCGGAACUUUUCACUGUCGCUGCCACGACGGAACCCAUGGGGAUCCUUAUACAAAAGGAGGGUGUACGGACAAUCAUUCAUCUAAAGGCUUAAUGAUAGGUCUAAUAGUCAGUGGUGGCUCAUUACUUCUACUUCUGGGCUUCGCUGCUCCCUUCAUAGUAAGCAAACUCAAGCUACAAAGGAUGAAAAAAAUGAGAGAUAAAUUCUUUACACAAAACCAUGGGUUGCUAUUGCAACAGUUAAUAUCACGAAACACAUAUUUUGCUGAAAGAAUGAUCAUUAACUUAGAGGAGCUAGAGAAGGCCACAAACAAUUUUGACAAAACUCGAGAGGUUGGAGAUGGAGGGCAUGGGGUUGUGUACAAAGGGAUUAUAGACCUACAUGUCGUGGCCAUCAAGAAAUCAAAGAUUGUUGUACAAAGAGAAAUAGAUGAAUUCAUAAAUGAAGUUACAAUUCUUUCACAAGUGAACCAUAGAAAUGUGGUGAAGCUCCUAGGAUGUUGCCUUGAGACGGAAGUUCCAUUAUUAGUUUAUGAGUUCAUUUCAAAUGGAACUCUUUAUCAUCAUCUCCAUGUAGACGGACCAGUAUCAUUAUCAUGGGACGAUAGACUAAGGAUCACUGUUGAAGUUGCUAGAGCUCUAUCAUAUCUACAUUCAGCAGCAUCAAUGCCAAUAUUUCAUAGAGAUAUUAAGUCAUCCAACAUACUUCUUGAUGAUAGUCUAACAGCUAAGGUAUCUGAUUUUGGAACUUCAAGAUACAUCUCGAUUAAUCAAACAGGAAUAACUACUGCAGUUCAAGGAACUGUUGGCUACUUGGAUCCCAUGUAUUACUAUACAGGGCGACUUACAAGCAAGAGCGAUGUUUUUAGUUUUGGUGUUCUUCUAAUGGAGUUGCUUACUCGGAAGAAACCUGUUGGUGAUACAUUUGAUAAUGGUCACAAUCUUGUUUCACAUUUUGUAUUAGUAUUUUCAGAAGGUAACCUUUAUGAUAUAAUAGAUCCUCAAGUCAAGGAAGAAGAUGAUGGAGAAGCCCUAGAAGUAGCCACACUAGCUAUAGCAUGUACAAAAUUUAAAGGAGAAGACCGGCCUACGAUGAGGGAAGUAGAGAUGGCAUUGGAAAACAUAGCUUCAAAGAAAGGCCUCUUCCAUAAUGGGAAUACUACUGCAUCAAGGAGACCUGAUGAAAAUCAGAAUUCAACUCUCUACAUGUCAGUUGAAGGAGUUACCAAGGAAGCAAUAACAGAAAGCACAACAGAAGAGGAAAUAUUAUUGUCGUCAAGGUUUGCGCGAUGAUCAUUCUCUGGACUGUGUGGGAAUAUUUACAAGGUGCAUU